GACAGAUAAAAGUGAGGUUAUGUUACGUUAUCAAUACAAUUUAAUAUCUUUAUAAAAUGCACGGGAGAUUAAAAGUUCGUACUACAGAACAACAAAAACUCCUCAAACAAAAAGAACAGCAAAAGAAAUUGGCUGCUUAUAAACAUGUAAUGAAUCAAGUGUCUUUAAAUAGAAAAUCUGUACCGUAUCACGUUGAAACGUAUUCACUUUGUGCCCAAAUCUUGCAAUCCAAUCCAGAUGUGUAUACUUUAUGGAAUUAUAGAAAAGAAGUUGUGCUUCAACAACUACAAGAGAGUCAAAAGACAGGUGAAGAAGGGGAAAAUACAGAAGAUUUGAUAAAGUUUCUAGAAAAUGAAAUAAAAUUAACUGAAUCAUGUCUUCUAAAUAAUCCAAAAUCUUAUGGUUCUUGGCACCAUCGUUAUUGGAUAUUAGAUCAUCAUCCAAAACCGAAUUGGAAUCAAGAGUUUAAUUUGUGCACUAAGUAUUUGUCUUUGGAUGAUAGAAACUUUCAUUGUUGGGAUUAUCGAAGGUUAAUGCUUAACAAAAUAGGCAUAACCCUAUUAGAAGAAAUUAAAUUUUCCACAGAAAGAUUAAAUGUAAACUUUUCAAACUAUUCCUCAUGGCAUUAUAGGAGUACUUUAAGAAAAUUAGAUGAUGAAAGCAUUCAGGGUGAAUUGGAUUUGGUUAAAAGUGCUGUUUUUACUGAUCCUGCUGAUAGCAGUGCUUGGUUUUAUCUUCGAUGGGUUUUAAGUCAUCGUAAUGUUGAUCAUGAGCAAAGAAAAGAGUUGUUGGGGAAUUUAGAAGAAUUAUUAGAAUUAGAUCCUGAUUGUAAAUGGAUUAUUAUGGGUAAAGUAUGGUUAACAGGAAGUUUAAGGAUGACAGAUGAAAAGUUUUUAGAUAAAAGAGUUGAAUAUUAUCAAGAUUUGAAAAAAAUGGAUUCAUUGAGAGCUGGGCAAUAUGAUGAUUAUUUGAAAAUAUCCAUAAAGUAGAUGAUAAAUAACUUUUUAAACACAAUUUCAUAAUUAAUGCAUUUAAUAUAUCGCUGAAAAAAAAGCAAAAGUAA